AUGAGAAAAGGCAAAGGGAAAGAAAAAGAAGGAGACAAUGAAGCUAGGGCUGGAAAGCGCGAGACGGAACCUGUCUCUAAUGACAACGAGCACUGGACCAAAGACCUCGCACUGAGAUUGAAAGAAGGUGAGGCGAAAAGCCAAGGGCAUAAAGGCGGCUCAGAAAACGCCAAAGCGGAAUCUAGCACGAUGGACGAAGAUCAAAUUGCUUUGGUCCAUGCACUCUGUUGCGAUAAUGUUCCUUUCAAAGAUCUCAAACAACUAUUAGGGGUACCGGAAGGUGCUGUGGGCCUUUCUGAGCUGGUAGAGGUCGUGAUAGAUGCGGAGAAACUGAAAGCCGAAAAAUUGAACACGCAAGAGAUACCCGGCCAGACUCGGUUCCAGGCCAGCGAUGAAAAAUUCGAGGUCUACGAUCCUGAUCGUUGGGAGGCACCAGCUGAGGAAAAUAAUGUUGAUGAAACUUCGGACGACGAGGAAGCUCCUGUUCCUGAGCCUUUCGAUUACAUCGAAGAAUGGGUCUCGGACAGGCCGAAACCUGCACCUAGUGUCCUUACCUCAGGACCGCGCUUCGUUCGCGCUCUCAAAGACUCUAAGGGGGGGAGUAAGCCAUAUUUCCGAUCAGGAGACAUCUUGCGAGUGAUCAGUAAAGUACGACGGAAGGGACUUAAUGAUCAAUCUUUCGAUCUGCUUCCUCUCAAACCUCCCGGAGAAGCGGGACGAGUGCUGAUCCGGGACUUCGAGCCAGCAGACCAGGGAGCGGUGGAUGCCGUAGGGAGGGAAGCUAGUACCGAAAAGGAGAAAGAUAGCUUUCGAUGCGCUAUGGAAUGGGAGGAUUGA